AUGUUGGUGCAUGCAGUUUCAGUUGAAGCAAAUAUGACUUCAUCUUCCAAGCAUAUUAAUUAUGCUAAUCACGAUUGGGUUGUGCUAACUGGAUCAACUUUGUUGGGAAAGGUUGGACCACUUAUUGGAUCUUUUGAUAUUGCUGAAUCUGAUAAUGACUAUGUAUUUCGCGUUUCACUUCCUGAUGUAGUACGGGAUGAGAAACACUUUAGCAGUGAUGUAGGACCAAAUGGGAUAGUUUUCAUAAAAGGAGUGAGUGUGACCGGAGAAAAUAAGGUUAUAAAAAACAAUGUGUUUUUUAAGAUGCAAAGUCAGAGCCUAUGUCCACCGAGAGAAUUUUCUAUCUCGUUUCAGCUACCAGGUCCAGUUGAUGAUCAUGAAAACUUAAAUUCAUAUGUUUUUGUUUUUGGAUCUGGUGGGAUGUUUGAAGGAGUUGUAACGAAAAUAGGACAACAAAUCCUUUAA